AUGGAAUUCAUAAAUCAAGAUUAUCUUCAAUCUCUUUUAGAAAUGGGAUUUUCAAGAGCUAUAGCUGAAAAAUCUCUAUAUUUUACACAAAGCUCCUCUCUAGAAAAUUCAAUAGAUUGAAUCCACGAGCAUCAGAAUGACCAAGAUAUUGAAGAAGAAUUACAAAUUCCGUCUAUAAAUGAUAAUUCACCAAAAAUGACGAAACAAGAAGCAAUUAUGAAGGCACGCGAAAUCAAAUCCAAAUUCAUAAGCCAGCCUAAAAGUACCCAAUUUAUCCAAGUUAAAAGAGAGCCAAACAGUCAAAGAGCUCAAAAGUUAAAUGCAACUGAGCAGGAGCAAAAAAGAGUUCUUGAAGAAAGAAUAAAAAAAUUAAAAGGAGGGCAGAGCCAAGCUAACCCUACUGCUGAAUCUACAACACUAAUUAUCGAUGCCCAAACAAUUCCUUCAGAUUCUCCUCCAAUGAUAGAAAAAUCUCCCAAAGAUCGAAUGUAUUUAGCGUUGAAAACAAUUGUAACUCUUUAUCCAAGCCACCGCCAUACGGGAAUUGCAAUUUCUACAAUUAAUACAUUGAAAACAUAUUUAUCAAAUAUUAUGAGUAAUCCUCUUGAUAAUAAAUUUCAUAGGAUCAGAAUUCAGAAUAAAUCAUUUCAAGAGAAAAUUAUAAAGGUUCAAGGCGCUUUAAACUUCUUAAAAGCUGUAGGAUUUGUCGAAGAAGAUGAUUAUUAUGUCCUCAAAAAUAUCGGAGUUUAUAUAUUAGCAGAAGGAAUUAAAAUGCUUAAUGAAGCAACUGAAAUUUUAUAA